CGCCACGGCCACGCACACCUUCCUUGCACCUCCUCUUCUCCUGACUCCCAUGCAGUGAUCCACGCUCUGGACAGGGAGAGGCUGCGUGGUGUGUAAGGGGGGUGGGAAACACCCGCACACAUGAGGGCGAGCUCAAGGAGAAUCUAUAGUCGCUGCGCUGGAGAAAAGAGCGCAAUCAUACAAGGAUGAAGAUGCCGCUGCGCUUCUGGGAUGCUGACGCUGUGCUGUAGGCUGCGCGCUGGAGACAUGCGGUACUCUGCACUCCUACUCUGUCAGGUCCCACUCUAGUUGCUGUCAAGUCGGGUCCGCGGUCCAUUGCGCUUGUGUGUUUCUUCUGCUGGAAUUUGUCCUUGCUGGAGUCCGGGAUGUCCGCGUCUCCUCUGCGCACUCUGGUGCUGGUUGUGCUGGGUGUGCAGAUGACGUACACCCAGAUGGAGAUGAAGAGGGUUGUUGGGGACAACGCCACUCUGCCCUGCCACCAUCAGUUCUGGGCGGUCGACGACCCCACCCUGGACAUCGAGUGGCUGUUUCUGAAGCCGACCAACCGACAGAGGGUGGUGAUCACCUACUUCGCCGGACGUGUCUUUGACCCCAACGAUGCGGAGAGUGGCCGCGUGGCGUUUGGUGGCGAGUACUUAAAAGGCGACGCGUCGCUGCUGAUCAGCGAUUUGUCUCUGACGGACUCAGGAGAGUACAGCUGCAAAGUCAAGAAUGGCGCGCGGUACCACUGGAGCACCAUCAACCUCAUAGUGCUGUUGAAGCCAUCGAAGCCGCAGUGCUGGAUGGAGGGCAAACUGUUGGAGGGCGGCGAUGUAAAGAUGAGCUGCAAGUCUGCCGAUGGCUCCGAUCCCAUCCACUACAAAUGGGAGAGAGUGCUGGACAAGGGCAAGUAUGUUGGCAAGCUGCCUCCAUUGGCCCUGAUAGAUUUGAAAAACCCAGAAAUUGUGACAUUGAGGAACUUGACCAAGGACAGUGCUGGAGUUUACAAAUGCACGGCCAGCAAUGACGUGGGAGAGGAGAGCUGCACGGUGGAGGUUAAGAUGCACUACGUACGAGGAAUGGGCGUGGUAGCGGGGGCAGUGGUCGGUGUGUCCUUUGGCGUCCUCCUCAUUAUCCUCAUCAUCUGGUUGGUGUGUCGCAAGAAGGAGAUGAAGAAGUAUGAAGAAGAAGAGACACCAAAUGAAAUCAGGGAGGACGCGGAGGCUCCCAAGGCCAAACUGGUGAACCCCAACUCCCUGUCCUCAUCCCGCUCUGGCAGCUCUCGCUCAGGCACCUCCUCCACUCAGUCCAUGGUGCACAACAUGGGGCCCCGUGGCCAACGGGGCUGCGUUCCCGCCGUGGCAGCCCUCAGGGAGGACUGCAAAGCCUCCAACUUCCCUCAGUCUCCACCCAGCUACAGUCAAGCAGUUCCCAAGACUCCGGAACCACGUUCUACCCCCACCACUACCUCCAACUCCAAGCCCAGCCCUCCCCCUAAACUGAGCCCGGCGAACCUGACCCGCAUGGGGGCAACACCUGUUAUGAUCCCUGCUCAAACCAAGGCCUUCCAGACUGUUUAGAAGACUGUUUUAAUCCCACAGAAGAAAAGACAAACGUAGCCUCAGGACACUAAAAAUCCCUGAAAAAUCCCAUUCUAUUAUCCAGAUACUGUACAUUCUCAAUAUUCACAGUCUGACGGACACUUUCACCAAAUUAAACUCACAAGGAAUCUCUGCUUUUCCUUUGACAUUAUAGGAACAAGCUCCUUCCGUUGUUCUGCCAUUGACACGUCUGAGCAAAACGAGUUCUUAUAAAGAUUAAGAAUUGUUCAAAUGUGAAGCAGGGGUUCGCAGGAAUGAUGGAAAUAAGGGGAGAAGGAAAAAAGGAGUAGCCGUGUCUUUCACAGUACAUUCAAACACCUUUCUAUCAACCGCUUCACACCUGUUGCAAAUUAAAAAAAAACACCCGCACCCAUGAGUGAACUGAUGAAAGCAGCCUCACAGGAUAACGAUGAAUGGCUCUGGCUGAUUGUAAAAGACUAUGCAGACACUUCAUUUAUCCAUCAGUGUCGCCAGUAUUAUCACACACUGCAUCUCUUUGUCACUGCAAACACAUGUGCUCAUGUGUGGAAUCGUGCGAGCGUGGAUUCAUUCGGGACAUUUUACCCCAUGUGUUUGCAUUGUCUUUGCCGCCCAUUGUUCUGGAGAAAACACCGAAGCACAGAAGGAUUAAAUCAUCACUCGUGUCAGUGUUUCCCAAACUUCGCGCGUGGACCCACAUUCUAAACAAACUGUUGUGACAAAAUAUCGAAAUAAUAUCAUUUUGAAUUAGUUCAUUUUAUGCAUGUUAUUUAGACAAAAAAAUAUGCACAUACAGUACAUUUUGAGUGAAAGGGUGGGGAAAUUAUGCAAAUCUUUGGGAAUCACUGAUUUGUGUAAUAGUGUCAGCUGACUCCAGUGACCUACGACCCUCAUGUGGAGUAGACAAUGUAUGGAUUCAUGUUAUAGGUGUUCAUGUUAGAGACAAAAUCACAUUCAGGUUCACUACUCUUCAAACCCAUCACAUGGGGAAUGUUGUCGCCUGAGGUGUUUCAGAAAAUGAAUACAGCAGUUUGCGUUUACUGCCAGGACCAAGAGAGGGGAGGGUCUUUUAAAUUUUCUGACUUUUUAAUCCAAUAUAAACAUGCGGAUUGUUCAUCACAUGAGGAGUAGUGCACACUUUUUAUUUUUUACAUCAUUAUAUCCAUAGCCAUCUGCCAUUAACUAUAACCUUAGUGCCAUAUGUACAGUGAAAGUAGAAUUAGAAUUGUGGUGUGGUUUAUGAUUUGUGAUUUCAUGAUUACAGAAAUUAUGUUUUUUAAGUGUAGAUUUAAUGUCUUUCUGACUCAGACAGAAAGAGGACAGUCUUAAUCUUAAUCACACUAUGACACGGGAUGUGAUAUAUCUUACAAAUACAGUUAGUUUACGACUAUAAUGUUUAACGCAGCCUCUAUGGCAACACGUGUCUACCUGUGUUAUAAAAACUGCCUUUAAUUAGAUGUUCAGUGCAGACGACCUGCAGCCCAGAAAACACACGUUGCUAUUAUUCUUUUUCUGCCAACCAUGUCAAUCGUUGCAUUGCAUAUCAAAUUUUCUAAAGGCAACAGAUUCAAAUAUGCAUUUUGGCAAAUUGCUUGAAUUAACAUAUCAUUCAUAACAAGUUUUCAGAAGUAUUUAAGGUGAAAUUCUCACCCCAAAUGUUCCUCUUAGCCCUUACGAGGUGAUUUUUGUGCCUAAACCUACUACCACAGGUUAUUUACAGUGUUGCCAGGCCAUGGAAAUGAAAAAUAUGACAUGUAAAGAAACAAAUUUAUCAGAUUUGCCACAUAAAAAUGUUGAAAGGCAACAUAUUCAUGAUUGGCAGAAAUCACGUUGACUACACCUGUUUUCGAUUACAGAACUUGUAAGAAUCACGUUCCUUUUAUUCUGUGUGGGUUAGAAUGUUAUAACCAUAAUAGAAAUAAGUAAUAUACAUACAUAUAUGUACUGUAUGUAUAUAUAUAUAUAUAUAUAUAUAGAUGUAUAUGUAUGUAAACAUACGGACAGUAAGCAGUAUAUUAGGAACACUGUACAAUAUUAUGAUGUAGUUUCCCCGUCUGUUCCAUGUUAACAUGAUUGACUCAUAUGAAAUUUUUCAGCCCUCA